CACAUGGAAGGGGAACUGGAGGAGGACAUUAAGCUGAGAGGAGGUCCUGGUGGGCUGGGGCCAACUCCCCAGGAGCAGAGGAAGCAGCCAGCAGCCUGGAUGGGCAGAGGCAAGACCAGGCCUCCGACUCCCUCUCUCCCAGAAGCUGCCCGCCCCCUCUGCCCCGCUGCUUUUGCAAAGUUUUCUGAGUUCCGUCUGCAGUACUGUGACCCGAGGGCACCUCUACAGCUGGGCCCAGAGGGACUGAAGCUGCUACUAGCAUGGCAUGGUCCUGGGAGCUUUGAGGACACCCACAGAGACAAAUGGUGCACACCAAGUGUUCGGCUGCUCAGGAACAGGCAUGGAGAAGGAAGUUGCACUGAGAAGCCCAACAGGAGUUUUGCAAGACAAAUUUUAAUGAAAGGAGAGAAGAGCACAGAAACUGAAGUUGACCACCUGCGCUCCUCCUUGGCCAAACUCGACAGAAAUCUAGAAUGCAAGGAACAAUUGCUGUGAUCCAUCAAGUCAGCCCCAGGAAAGAGAGUAGAGCUGAGAAGGCUGGAGAGAGAGAAUCUGGAGGAGCAAACGGAAAGUACCUGACUGGGUCACCAACAUCCAGGAGAGGGUCCCUGUAUGUCACGGAUCCUGGGAGGGACAACUAAUGCAUAACAACAGAUAAUGGAUCCACACUCCUUUCUGCCUCCUCCUGAUCGCAAAACCCACUACACACAUGUAAAUGCACCACACACACAUGCCCACUACACACAGAUAUAUAUAUAGAUACACAUCCACACACAUAGGGAUACACAUACACACAUACAUACAUGGACACACAUUGCACAUGUGCACAAUGCAAACAUACAUGGAUGUACACAUAAGCAUGCAUACAUAUGUGAACACAUGCACACACACACAUACCCACACUUAAUCAUAGUCUGCACACGUAUCACUGCACGCUGCUCAGGCUCCUCCAGAUCAGUCAGAAAUUAUAGGAGAUAAAACCAACAGAAUUUAAACAAAGACAAGAAAGACCUGGAAUGAUGGGCAGACUUGUCUAAUUAUUGCUAUUUUUAGAACUCAUACUGCAAGUGCUAGAAAAGAAUGGGGGUGGGGGGUGCUGACCAAAGAGAUUGCUUCAUUAUUGGAAACAGAAGAUAAGUAGGCUGAAGAGGGUGAUUGGGAAGUUGAGAACAGGGAGGCAGCUCUUCCCCUCUCCCCUCCACCCCCAUGUCUCCGUCUCCCAUUCCAGGAGCUGAGCACUAGGAGAAAGAAGGGCACAUGAGACCAGAUGAUGGAAGCCGACCUGCCUUUCCACUCUGGCUACAGACUUUCUGGAUGUGUGACCUCGAAUAUGUUCCUGAGGGCCACCUCUAGCCUAUAAGGUGUCUUUGUGCAAAUAGAAGACACCCCUUGGCACAGAUAAAUAAAGAGAAUAUUCUGGUUGGAUGCAGCACCUCAUAGUUCUUGAUCUGGCAAACAGUGCAUGGCUGAAUUUCCACCCUCCCAACAGUGCGUUUCUGCAGCAUCCCAGCUACCCAACCGCAUGCAGCAAGCAGGUGUCACUUCACAUCUGUAGACCCCUGCACGUCCUCUCCAUAAGUGAAGAUAGUAUCUUCAAAACAGGGAGAUCCAACACAGGAGACAAAAUGCAAGGCGAGAACCAAUAAUUAAAAAAAAAAAAAGUCAUUCAAGGUCUUAGGGUGCAGGCCACCCAGGACAAAGACUGGGAGGAGCAUGGGUUCUCUGCCACAUGUGAGGGGGCAGUGAAGACCAAUUUUGAUUGAUAUCUUAGGGUAGGAAGUUGGAGGAUUUAGGGAUACCCAGUGACUGAAUUCUAGGUUACAUCAUCAAUAACAUUAAUUUCUUGACAUAGAAGCUGACCAGCUCUCAGCAUUUUGUAAUCAUUGCAGAGCGCAGGCUAGGGGCUCUGGGGCCCCAGCCCUGCCAGUUUAUAAUUGAUGUAGGUUAACUCUAUUCCCCAGUUUCCUCAUCUGUAGAAUCAGGUAAGUGGCAUACUUUUUUCACAGAGGAAUUACAAAAAUAAAACACAAUAAUAUCUGUGAAAA